AAAGAGUUGCGUUUUAAGAUAAGGUGUCGUCAUUUACAUAAGAUAGUGUUACCAUGAACUGACGCUUACCGGGCUUACCUUGCAAAAAGCACAUGCUGCUUAGAAAUUAUUAAUCUUUUUAUGUGAACAGUUCUAACCUUCAUGCAUAUUCAUAUUCCGGGGAAUGUCGUUUGACGUUCCCAUGAAGUAAAACAAGGUCAAUUGAUUUCGAAUCGGGAUUGAAGCACGUCUUUCUCCAGCACAGCGGUUAGACGAAUUCUAUACAUCAACAUGUAUCACAAAUUGAAUCUCGAAGUCAAGUAUCUUACUGAACAACAUCUUACCGGCUUCGAGAACUAUAAAUAUAGCUCAGUGGAUACAAGCCCUCUCAGUGUAUAUAUUAUGCAUCCAUUUUGGAAUAAAGUAGUACAGUAUUGUCCAAAGUGGGUUGCCCCAAACGUAUUAACUUUCUCUGGAUUUCUGUUUACUGUCUUUAACUUCACGUUGUUUACAUUUUAUGAUUAUUAUUUGUAUGCAUCAAGUGAUGAUAAGCCACAGUAUCCUCCUAUACCAAGAUGGGUCUUUGCCUUGGGUGCAUUCAAUGUUUUUAUGGCAUAUACUCUUGAUGGUAUUGAUGGAAAACAAGCACGACGUACGCAAACAUCAGGUCCUUUAGGAGAGCUAUUUGAUCAUGGACUAGAUAGUUGGACAACAAUGCUCAUUAGUGUUUGUAUGUUUUCUGUGUUUGGUAGGACAGACCAUAGUGUAUCUCCAUUAAGAAUGUAUUUCAUUCUAUGGAACGUGUUUAUUAGUUUCUACUUAACUCAUUGGGAAAAGUAUAACACAGGGGUACUGUUUCUUCCUUGGGGAUAUGAUCUAUCUAUGGUAGGUACUAUUAUUGUCUUUGUCAUAUCUAGUAUAGGCGGACAUAAAGCCUGGAAGAUUGUGUUCCCUGGUGGUAUACCAGUUGGUGUAAUGUUUGAAGUAUUACUUUAUGUCACUGCAAUUGUAUCUAGUUUGCCUGUAGUUCUAUGGAAUAUAUAUAAAUCAUAUAGGGACAAGACUGGUAAAAUGCGAACGUUCUUAGAUGCCAUAAGACCUCUACUGCCUCUAGCAGUACUCUUUUCGAUUUCAACAAUUUGGGUAGUUCAUUCACCUAGUAAUAUCAUAGACAAAGAUCCUAGGAUAAUUUUCUUAGCAAUUGGAACUAUUUUUUCAAACAUCUGUUGUCGUUUAAUUGUUUCACAAAUGAGCAACACCAGAUGUGAACUAUUAUCAUGGAUAUUACUACCUGUAGCAGUUGCAGCCCUUUUCUCAUUUAUCUUGCCUAGUAUAGAUUUGGUAUUCACAUAUAUUCUUGCCAUUAUAGCUUUAUUGGCACAUAUUCACUAUGGAACAUGUGUGGUGCGUCAGAUGUGUCGUCAUUUCCGUAUUCACACGUUCCAUAUUAAAGAUCGUGCAGACUGACUACUUGCCGACGAUACAUGUUAAAAAUGAAGAAAUACGAACAAACGGUCGGAAAGAGCUACGAAUGAUUGAGUACAGAGCAGACAAACGGAAGAAACUUCAGAAUUACGAUUGAUAAGAAGAACAAAAGAAUAUUUCAAAUAUGAACAUGCAAAUAUUGGACAGUAGAUAAUAGGAGUUUAUUCGAGCAUACAACUAUCGCUGAUCAUAUAUCUAAAAAUAGAGAGAGUACCUGUUAAGUAAUGUUAAUAAUUCAGUUGCAAAGAUGAAGCCAUUUCCAUUUCAUGUUGCUGUGAUAUAAUUAAAGAAGAACCUAGAAGCUUUCUUUAUGUGUACAUACUCCCAAAUAAGUUCACAUACGUUCUCUCUACUUUGUCUUUUUGUGUUCUGUUCGUAACUCUGACUGUGCAUAGAGCAUUCAUUUAAAGCACGCAAGGCUUUUAGCUGUUGCGCAUCGAAUUCUUCGUUUUUAACAUGUAUUGUCUGAAAAAUGAGAUUAUGAAUCUGGCUUGCUCAAUUUUCCCACAAAACGAACAUUUCUUUCCUUUAGAGAAAUUAAAAAAUUUGUGGAGAAAUUUAAGAGUCAAAUUUCGAGAUUUUUUGAACUUUUAAAGGUCUCCACAGAAGCUUUUCUUUUGUUUCGAGUGAUUGCUAAAGGACGAAGUUUUCUUUUGCUUGAAAAUUCUGAGCAAGUUAGCAGAUGAACUUCGAUAUGGAUAAAAGAGAAAGGGUGUAAUGCUGGUGUAAUAAGAUAGAAGACAUUAUUUAUUUUGCGUAAGUAUGUAUGUGUAUGUUAUAUUAUAUUUAAUCGGCUUCCUGAAACGAAGAAUCUUUGCAAAUAAUGUAGAAAAUGUCGUGUACCGACGUAGAUAACGAUAAGUCAUAACGAUAAGUGACAUUGAGUCACAAAUUUUGACUUAGAUUAAAUCAAGUCAAUCGAAUUGAUUAAAGAACUUAGUGAGUAACUGAAGAAAGGAUACGCGAUAUUUCAUUUUCUUCUUUCUUUAUAAAAUAUUCCAAAUGACGUUUUAGUCCAUACUCAUUGCGGAUUUUUAUGCAUUUAUGGGAAAU